AUGAUAAUCCAUUUAAAGAGAUUAAAAGUAGUAAGAAAGGAUAGAAAGAUGAAAGUGAGUAACUUAAUGUCAAUGUUUAUGCCGCAAUCAUCAAAAGAAAUAGAAGUGUGUAUUAAAGAUAGUCUAAUUAUAUCAAUCUCUGCAUUAACAUCAACAAAACUCAAUAUAUUUCUUAAUUGUAAUGAAGCAGGGGAUUGUUAUUUGAUGUUUCCAAGUGGAUUAUUGUAUUUAAAGAAAGGCAAGAGUAAAGUUAAAACAUUGGUGGAAGGAUACAAAUAUAUUUUAUAUUAUGAGGUGGUAAAUGACCAAAGAUCAUUAAGCAAAGUUAAAUUAAAAAAGGACGUCAAACUAUUUAAUACGAUUAGUGAGAACACAGAUGAAAUAGAAGUAGUUAAUUAUAAAGAUAAGAAUGUGUAUUUAGAUCAUUUAAAUAAGACAAUAUCAUUAUUACAUCCAAAUAUAAGGAAAAUUAAUAUAAUAAGGAAAUUAAAGCUAUUGAGGAAAAGAUCUAAUUUAUUAGCAAAACCAAGAUUACAUUUAGAAAUUAAUAGAAAAAAUAUUUUGAAUAGUUCAUUAAUAAGAAUUGUUAGAAAUUUUACUGAUUUGACUAUUGAAAAUAUAAAAGUUGAAUUUACUAAUGAAAUGGGCCAAGAUGAUGGAGCUAUUAGAAGAGAGUGGAUUAAUUCGGUAUUUAAUGAAUUUAAAGAAUUAAAAUUUCAAAACGAGCCAUUUUUAGUAGAGAAAGAUGGAAUAUUUGAUGUUAAUGACAAACUUAAUAUUGAAAGUUCUUUCUUUUCUAAUGAACAAACUAGUUUAUUUACAAUUAAGGAAAUGAUUAAAGAUUUAACUUGUAAUGAACAAAAGUUUUCUUUUCUUUUAGGUUAUAUGAUUGGAUUAGCACUUUAUUUGGGUGAAGAGAUUGGUAUUAACCUAUCAUUGGCAUUUUAUGAAAAUCUUUUAAAAAGAAUUUAUACUAUUGAUCAUAUUCAAGAUGUCAUAUUACAAAAAAAUUAUGAUCUACAUAAAGACGAUUUAGAAAAUUUUGAUUUGAAUGAAGAUUACUUGUUUGAUAGACUGUUUAAAACCAAGGAAGGUUCUUAUAAUUUAAUAAGAGUUGGUUUUAUUUCAUCAAUUUAUAAUUUAGUUAUAUUAAAAGGUAAAGAACAUGUUUCUUUAUAUUCUUAUAUCUGUAAAGAAUUUACAGCCUUUGAUUUUGUUAGACUGUUUAAUAGCAAUGAAAAGAUAACAAUUGAAACAUUGAAGAGUGUAGUAAGAUUUCAAUAUUGGGCUAAAAAAGAAAAAGAGAUUGGUUGGUUCUGGGAAAUACUUGGUGAAUUUAGUGAUAGUUUUUUAAGAAAAUUACUUUUAUUUGGUACAGGUUCUAAUUACAUUUCUAAAUAUGGAAAUAGUAAUAAAUUACAAAUAUCAUUUGUUAAUACAAAGAAUGGACUUAUUAGUGCUAGUGCAUGUGUUAAUACAAUUUAUUUGGGACAUUACGAUAGUAAAGAUAUUAUGAAAGAAAAAAUUAUUUAUUCUAUUGAAGAAUGUGAAGGUUUUCAUAAAAUAUAA